AUGUCUCGCCAGUCCAGCGUGUCCUUCCGCAGCGGGGGCAGCCGCAGCUUCAGCGCGGCCUCUGCCAUCACCCCGUCGGUGUCGCGCACCAGCUUCACCUCCGUGUCCCGCUCCGGGGGCGGCGGGGGCGGCAUGGGCAGGGUCAGCCUGGGGGGCGCCUGCGGAGCCGGGGGCUACGGCAGCCGGAGCCUCUACAACGUGGGGGGCUCCAAGCGGAUCUCCAUGAGCAGCAGCGGCGGCGGCUUCCGGAGCCGAUUCGGGGCCGGGGGCGGCUACGGCUUCGGAGGGGGCGUCGGGGGCGGCUUCGGCUUCGGCGGAGGCGCUGGCGGGGGCAUGGGGCUCGGGGGCGGCGCUGGCUUCGGGGGCGGCUUCGGCGGCGCCGGCUUCCCCGUGUGCCCCCCGGGAGGCAUCCAAGAGGUGACGGUCAACCAGAGCCUCCUGACGCCCCUCAACCUGCAAAUCGACCCCACCAUCCAGCGCGUGCGCACCGAGGAGCGCGAGCAGAUCAAGACCCUCAACAACAAGUUCGCCUCCUUCAUCGACAAGGUGCGCUUUUUGGAACAGCAGAACAAGGUCCUGGACACCAAGUGGACUCUGCUCCAGGAGCAGGGCACCAAGACCGUGAGGCAGAACUUGGAGCCUCUGUUCGAGCAGUACAUCAACAACCUCAGGAGACAGCUGGACAGCGUCCUCGGGGAGAGAGGCCGCCUGGACUCUGAGCUCAGGAACAUGCAGGACCUGGUGGAGGACUUCAAGAACAAGUAUGAAGAUGAAAUCAACAAGCGCACCACGGCUGAGAAUGAGUUUGUGAUGCUGAAAAAGGAUGUGGACGCUGCUUACAUGAGCAAGGUGGAGCUGGAGGCCAAGGUGGAUGCCCUGAUGGAUGAGAUCAACUUCAUGAAGAUGUUCUUUGAGGCGGAGCUGUCCCAGAUACAGACACACGUCUCAGACACAUCUGUAGUCCUGUCCAUGGACAACAACCGCUCCCUGGACCUGGACAGCAUCAUUGCCGAGGUCAAGGCCCAAUAUGAGGAUAUCGCCAACCGCAGCCGGACGGAAGCUGAGUCCUGGUACCAGACCAAGUACGAGGAACUGCAGCAGACCGCUGGCCGGCACGGUGAUGACCUCCGCAACACCAAGCAUGAAAUCUCUGAGAUGAACCGGAUGAUCCAGAGGCUGAGAUCCGAGAUUGACAAUGUUAAGAAGCAGUGUGCCAACCUGCAGAAUGCCAUCGCUGACGCAGAGCAGCGUGGGGAACUGGCCAUCAAGGAUGCCAGGAGCAAGCUGGCCGAGCUGGAGGAUGCCCUGCAGAAGGCCAAGCAGGACAUGGCACGGCUGCUGCGCGAGUACCAGGAGCUGAUGAACACCAAGCUGGCCCUGGACGUGGAGAUCGCCACCUACCGCAAGCUGCUGGAGGGCGAAGAGUGCAGACUGAGCGGAGAAGGAGUUGGGCCAGUCAACAUCUCGGUCGUCACAAACAGCGUCUCCUCGGGCUACGGCGGUGGCAGCAGCUUUGGAGGAGGCUUCGGCAGUGGCCUUGGUGGUGGUGGUGGCGGCAGCAGCUACUACUCCAGCAGCAGCGGGGGCAUGGGCCUAGGAGGUGGGCUUAGUGUCGGGGGCUCUGGCUUCAGUGCAAGUAGCGGCCGAGGCAUGGGCAUGGGUUUCGGCAGUGGUGGGGGCAGCAGCUCCAGCGUCAAAUUUGUCUCCACCACCUCCUCCUCCCGGAAGAGCUUCAAGAGCUAAGAUGCAAGAGCCCGCUGCAAGGCACACCUACACGUGCAGCCGUCAGCCACGAUGACAGUCUCUCCUAGGAGGCUACAAGUUUUCUGUUUCCCUGGAGUGU